CCGACCGAACAAGACACCUGUGAUGACUACACGUUGGAGCCGGUGGCUUGUCCCGAGCCCACACCCACCUGUCAGGACGUCUGCAAUGAUAUGUCUCAGUGCCGCGAUUCCAAGUGGGGAUCGUAUUGCAAGACUUGGCAGAAUCCGGCGGUUUGUUUCGGUAUCAUCAAGAAGGAUGAUGGUUCUCUUUGCUUUGCCCCCACUGAUAGUGACUGCGAAGGUGAACCCUACUAUUGUUAG